AUGACAACUGCAACUCCCCGACCCAGUCUUCCCUCCUCAUCGCAGGCCGGGAAGGACAAGGACUUUUUCCUCAUAUCCCAGGCUCGCAACGCGCAUCCCUGCAUCACUCCAAGCCCGAAGCCGACUCCCAGCAUAGUCAAGUCAUUCAGCCUCUACAACCGCAGACCAAGCGCAUUCCAGCACAGGCAAGACAAGAAGCGCCGAUUCUACGGUCCGCGCUCCAUCUCGGACGGCACCCUAGUGCGCGGCAGCGCGGCGAAGGCUAGGGCCUCUACGUCUUCUUCCUCCGGCUCGACAGUACUAUUACUUCCGCGCACCCACGACAUACCCUCCUCCAGAGACACAAAAUCUCUCGAUUCUACCUCGCUCCAUGACAACGUCGCCGCCGCCGCUACUGCUGUCACCGUAAACAACCGCAACAGCGCGCCGACCACCCAACCCGCCAUCAACCUCUCCACCUCAUCCAAUUUGACCACCACGACACCCGCCACAAUGCCUCCAACACCAACAGUCGCGCCAGGCACUCACUCACCCUCUUCAACCCUCCCCUCCAUCCAACGCACACCAAGCCGUUUCUUCGUCCACCACCCCCUCUCAACGACCAUCGACUCUACCACCACCAUACCGCCAACCAGCAGCUCAUCUCCAUCAUCACCCCCCAAGCCGCCAACGACAUCAAACAACUCACUCUCAACGGUCCUUCACCACAGCCUCGGCAACAUCAGCAGGCGCAACGCCAUCCAUGGCCGCGGUGGUGGCGCGGUGGUGCCCGCUUUUGCGACCGUUUCUUCCGCGAUGUUGGUGCCGGAGCCGUUGCGCGUCAAUAAUGUUGGCACCCACCGCCACGUACGCCGGCAGGGCAUCGCGACGACGCCACCGGUCUCGCCGCCUCCGAGGCUGCGGCCGCAGCUGCAACGACUGCCAGGCUCCUCGCUGUCUGGACCGCCGCCGAGCAGUGCCGCUACGACGGUAAGCAACGGAAACGGGAGCAGCAUGGCGUUCACGGCGUCAUCACAGUCGUUGUCGAGCACCGUGGCCAGCAGCAGUGGCGAAGCAGCAACCGAGAGGAACCUGCAGAUGGCAGCUACGCCGAGACGGUUGCUCUUCCCGCCAUUGGCUCGGCGCGCGCAGCAGCAGCAGAAAGACGUUCGAGGAGGAGGAGGUGGUGGUGGUGGAACGUACCCGUUUUCUUCUUCUUCGUUUCUCGCUAGAUCGGCGCUGCGGGAUGGAAAGGGUGGUCCAGGUGGUGGGAAGGUCCUGGAGAGCGGUGGGGAUGGGGUGGUGAGGAGGAAGCCGGUGAGCACGCCGGUGCUGCACGAGAAGAAGAUGGUGGGAGAGAAAAAGAAGUCGAACAGCCGCAAGGGCGAAAAGGGAGUUGGUGAGGGCAGUGCUCGAGGCGAGAGCAGCAACAUGGACGACGACGGCGUCGGCAUUAUCAGUGAUGGCUCCUAUCCCGAGGAGCUGGAGAGGCUGGAAAGGGAGAUCCUGUCGCUGCUUUUUCCGGGCCCCGAACAGCGCUAUUCAUCUUCUUCCAUGUCAUCGUCGGCAGAGCGGAAGCUGCAUGAACUUAGAGGAGGAGGAGCAUCAUCGGUCAUUUCGGGCGGCUCUUCGGACGAGUACCAGGACUGCUACGAUGGCUAUAUGCCCAGCAGCGACACCACGACUCACCCGGCCAGGCCCAACGCGCAAAACAACCGCAGCGGACCCUUCCCAACCGCAUCCCCACCACUCCUCGACCCACGCGACGAAGCGCAAAUGUACGCCCUCAUGCUCGACGAAGAACAGUCCGAGCCCGACAGCGCCAGACACACCACCACCAGCAGCCUCCCAAUCAGCGACAGCUACGCCCGCCUCAAUCAGACCGGCUGGCAAUCGAAGCUAGCCCGGAAGAAAAGCGGGAAAGAUGAAAAGCAAGAGGACGAGAAGACGCUUCGGCAGAUCAUCCGCCAGCAGCGCCACCAGCAGCAGCCACCAUCGCCAGUGUCACCGCCGUCUCCGCAGCUGCUUCCGCUACCGUCGCCGAUCCCGUCGCCGACGCUGCCGCCCCGCUAUCGUCGCAAUGGCGCGCGCCAGUCGUCCGGUCCGCCGCCGGCGAUGAGGCUGCCUGAUCCACCUGUUCGUUCGCCGCCGAGGCUGCAUCGGUCGAGGCUGUAG